AUAUUUCACUCAUUGUUAAAACUUAUAAUAGUUCGUAAGAACUAGUCUAAGUCAUAUUACAAGGUUCAAACUUCGCGCGUCGUUCUUCGAAUAUCGUCAUGUGGCGCCGCCAUAUUGUCUCUGUUUCAUCCUCUGCUAUCCCUUCUCUUUCUGCCGAGCUUAACCACUCCACCGCUAGCGAUGUCAGCGCUUUCUCAAUCUUGGGAGGUCCGUGCUGUCGUGAAUUCGCUCAUUUAGUCUCAGAUUUCCGACUAGAUAUAUUGAAUCUAUCAAACGUGAAGUUUUUCUGUACUUUAUCAUCAUGAAGAACAACCCAAUUCGUCAUAAAGAAUGCAAUACCUUUCAGUUUAAGCCAUUUUCUGAAAGGAUAAGUGAAAUUGACAUUGAUGUAUUUCAUCGUGUCGCACAUCGAAACGAGGAAAACGAUGGGGAAAUUGAAACAUAUUUUUAUCAAACUCUACAAAAAUGGAAUGUUCUUAACCUCACAGAGGAUUAUUGCAGCCUUAAGAAAAAAGUUCGUGACAUUGUAACGCUUCCACAGCUGAUUAAUCAGAAACAGUUUGUGAUCGAUACGUUAAUAGAAUAUCUGGAAAAGAAGGAUGUUCUGUUUUUGCAGCCAGUUUUAGAAUUGGUGGUCGCUGUAUCCAAAGAUCUGCAAAAAGAUUUUUACAUCUAUUUUCCUAAAUUUUUAUCGGUCAUCACCGAUUUAUUGCAGACUAAAGACACAGAACAAUUAGAAUAUGUUUUCACAGCACUGGCUUAUCUAUUCAAAUUUCUGUGGCGUUACCUGGUUAAAAAUAUCAAUACCGUAAUAGACCUGCUGUUACCAUUAUUAUCAGAUACACAACCAGCGUAUAUAAACAAUUUUGCAGCUGAAAGUUUCGCAUUUGUAGUACGCAAAGUCACAGAUAAAGAUCAUUUCUUAAGAACUAUACUCAAUGUUCUGGAAAAGAAACCUGAUGGUGUGUCAGGAUGUGGCAAAUUAUUUUUUGCUGUAAUAGCUGGCACACCAGGACAAUUUCACUCGUGUGCAGAACAAAUGCUUUCAUUAUAUUUGAACGCAUUAUUCACUGAUAAUAUAAACCGAGAUUUGCUGUUCAGAAUACUAAAACAAACAAUUAAUUGCUGCAUCCAAAACAUACAUCCACAGAAUUGUGCAAUAUUUUGGUCUGUGCUAGUAAAUGUUAUAAUAAAAAAAGUUGGUAAUGGUAAAAGUUUUCAAGCUACAGAUACAGAAGGAAGAAGUUUGAUACUCUUAAUGCAACUGCUAUGUACAGUUGUUAAUUUUAAAAGUGGAAGGUUUGUCAUAGAGCCAGUGCCAGUUAUAAGAGCAUUAACAGAUAUUUUGGACAUUUUUGAAAAUGACAGUGAUGUCCUUCGAGAGGUUUUGAAUGUAGGUGUAGCCAUUCUGUUGGCACCUAACAUUAAAUUAACGCAAGAAGCAUCAAACCAAAUAUUACUUAAAAUCGUGGCUGUAAAAGAUGUAGAAUUGCUGUAUAGAGCUGUUGAAUGUUUGAUAGAUCAUUCAGCAUUUGAAAUUUUGAUAUUACCAUAUGUACUAUGGCGUAGUAUCACUAAUGAUUUUACUAAUAAUUCCUUAAGUUUAUUUGCCAACAUUGUGAAGACAAAAGUUCCAUUAAGCAUAAAUGGAAUUAAUUUAAAUAAAUGGGAGAAAUACGCGCUAGAUAUUCAAGAUGCCAAAUCGGAUACGAUUGAUUUCUUCUUUAAAGAAUUGAAAGGUUUAUUGGAUAGUGAUGUGUCAACCAAUACGUUGAAAAUGUUAAUUAUCCUGCCACAUUUAAAACCUUUACCAGCAGAGUUCAUAGAUAUUUUAAAAGAAGGGUUAUUGUGUGUGUAUAAACGGAUUUUAAAUGAAACCAAUACAGAAGAUGAUUUAAAUAAAUUGUGUUUCAGUUUUUUGAUAGCAUCUGAAUCAGCGGUUCAUAUUCUUGAACCUAAAAUUUUACAUAACUUUUUGAACACACAUGCUAUAAGGAUAUUGGAUCUUCUAGCUAAAUAUCCUAACAAUAAAUUAAUUUUGAAUGCAGUAGACUUAUAUAUAACAUAUUUCAGUACAUCUGACUAUUGGCAAAUGUAUAUAAAUGUAAAUUUCUUUGACAGCAUAAAUAGUAGUAUUGCAUCGCAAUUAAGUUCUCCUUUCAGCAAUGUUCGAUUGGUUGCAACCCAUUUGUAUUCGCUAUAUUCUAACAUUCAAGAAGUUAAAGUUUCUGUUACCAAUACCGAAAAAAGUGCUAUAGAACUUUUGUAUUUGGCAGAAUGUGAACCUAUAACAGUUCAGAAUUACAGAACAAAAUUGCUACACCUACAGGCUUUAUCAUUUGAAGGUACUACACUGUCGAAUUUAAAUUCCAAAUAUAAUGAUAUUCCACUGAGGUAUUUAUUGGGAUGUAUGUACAUAAAUUUUUCGAUACUAUGGGAACCCGUGAGUAAAAUUAUUGCUACAUAUGCAAGCAAGGAAUGUGAACAAUUUUGGCAUAUAUUCUUAACAGAAUUGAAAUCGAGUUACAAAGAAACGCCAGACUAUAACUCAUUGCAUGAGUGUGAUAUUAUUUCUGAAAUAGAAAUUGAAAUACAAAAAGUCAGAGACAAUCCUGAUUAUCAAAAUCAUCAACUUCUAUUGUGGAAAUGUAUGGGAAAUUUGUCGCAUUACUGUGAAAUGAAGAACAGAGACAUUACAGGAAUAUUUAUUGAUUAUGUAAAUGACAAUUUUUUCAAGACAAAUUCCGAAGAUGCUAACUCUUGUAGUAUCUUACAAACGCAAAAAAUAGAUGCUUCUGGUAGUAAAAUGGAAAUUGAUGCGGACGACGAUAUGGAUUCUGAACUUGAAGAAAACGAGAAUGAAGAGAAAAAUGAAAUAGAAACAGAAGUGAAGGAAAUUGAUCCUAGGAACAAAAAAUUGAAAUCAGCAGAUACGAAGUCAAAGCAAACAUUUAUGCCAUAUAGGGUUUAUAAAGCAAAAGUUUUAAUUGCUCAAUUAGAAAUAUUUGGAAAAAUAACAAAUCCAAGGACACUAUAUAGAGAGUCAGAGAUCCAGAAAAUAUACUUGGAUUUAUUGUCAUCAAAGAAUCCUGACAUUCAGAAGGCUGCCUUAAAUUGUCUUCUCACUUACAAACACAAGUACCUAUUACCAUACAAAGAUAAUCUUAUUAGUUUAAUUAGUGAACAGAAUAUAAAAAAUGAAUUAACACGAUUUAAAAUUGAUGAAGAAAGUAGUUCAAUACAGAACGAACAUCGUAAAGAUAUUAUACCUAUACUAAUGAGAAUACUUUAUGCAAAAAUGGCAUCAAAAACGGGAAUGAGAACUGGAGGCAAAGGAGGCGGACUUUUACGACGAAAAUUGAUUCUACGUUUUCUAGCUGGCACUCAAGAAAAUGAAAUGAUUAUAUUUGUAAAAAUGGCUUUCAGGCCCUUUAAUAAGUACAUGUCGCUUGAAGUAGAUGAAAAAGUCAAUUUAGAUGAGUUAACACAGAAUAUUAUUAACUCAGUUGAUUUGAACAAUGUUACACCACCUAAACGUUUGCAGAGUGCUAUAAAUUUACUUGGAAUUUUAAUUGAACAGUUUGGUGGUAGAAUGGCACAGAAAUUAUUACCCUAUUUACUUGGUUUAGUCAUAUGCAUUUUAGCAGAAGUAACUGGAAUCUUGCAGAAAUCAAAUAAAGUUCAUGUUGGCUACUUACCAUCCAUUAGAAAUGUACGAAGAAGUUGUAUCUUAAUAUUAGUACGAUUUUUUGGUCACUACGAACACUAUGAAUGGAGCAAACAUGAACUGGAUGCUUUGUUUAAUGUAGCAGUCUUUCCAUGGUUGGAAAAGUUACCCAUUGAGGGUAUUCAUAGUCCCACACCUUUACUAAAAUUGUUUAUCACAUGGAGCCAGAACUCACGUUACUAUCCUUUAUUUAUAAAGUAUCGAGACGAUAAUGAGUCAAUCAGUCCACUACCAUACGUUAUGCGUCUUUUGUUGGGUCCAAAGACACACCCAUCUGUAAUUAACGCAAUACUUGAAAUGAUCGAGAAAAUGGUAACAUUGCAGGAUUAUGGAAAAAUAAAUGCAAAUGAUAUGGAAACCGACACGCUUUUGGUUCCUUUAACACCGAAACUUAGUAAUUUACUGGAAAUAAAUGAGGAAGCUCUACUUGGUGGUGUCAACUAUGGGUCUACUAUACUUCUACCACACGUUUUCAGUAUUUUGGAGUAUAUAAAAAAGAAACUAGAGAAGACAAAUAAAGGAGUAAGCAAAACAGAGUUGGUAAUUUUGUCACGUAUCUCUGAAUUUGUAAAAGAUGCUGACGCUUGUGAUACUCUCCUCACGCUCAUUGUACCAAUAUUGGUUAGGCGAUCUGGUGGAAGAGAAGGAGAGGAAACGAUUAUUGAAUUAAUCACUACAGUCAUAAACCUCAUAAAACAUAUUAGAAAACCAGAAAUUCAUCUACCUACAAUUUUACCUUUACUAGGUAUGAUUUCGUCAGUUCCUGCUCGCAAACUUUUCCUGGUGCUCUACAAGACUAUUGUUGAAGGAUCUGCAGAAGAAACUCGUGAAACGCUGAUGAAACAUUAUAAUAUAAUAAAUGCUUUAAAUGCGUGGGACCGCAGAUGGCUUGACCAACCAGAUUUUCAGCAAAGACUGGACGCAUUUAGUGAAAUAAAUAGUGUGAUAGAGAAGAAUGAAAUAACAUUGGAAUUUGGAGUAGGAAUUAUUUAUAAUUGCUAUUAUUUUCUUAAAACUGACGCAGAUUUAGCUAUGAGAGAUUAUGCAGGACAGUGCUUGAAGCGUAUUGGUCCGAAAUUAGCAAAGAAGUACCAAGAGAGCACAGCAGAUAGACGUUAUCUAAUGGAUGAAACAAUUUUAGUGCUUAUAAGAAAGGGCAUUGUCAGCAAAACUGAAGCUGUACGGCUUCAUUCAAUAGGUUUUUUGGGAACUAUGUCAAUGGAGUGUCCAGAAGUACAUCCUGUCCUGCGCGACUUAACACUCUUGACCAACAAGAUAGAUCCAGAGGUAGACUUUUUUGAGAACAUGCAACAUCUACAAAUGCACAGAAGAGCUCGCGCACUUCUUAAAUUUUGUAGCAUAGCAAAAACACUGAAGAAAGCUCCAAAUCCAAGAACUCUAACACAAUUUAUUUUACCAUUGGCAUCUUCGUAUUUAUGCAAUGAAGCUUUUAUACAUAAAAAUAGCAUUGUUGAUGCUGCGAUAGAAACAGUUGGAACAGUGUGUAGACUGCUUCCUUGGUAUCAAUAUGAAAUUAUCUUGAAAUACUAUUUGGGAAAAUUAAGGACUUGUAUCGAGUAUCAGAAACAGCUUGUUAGGAUAAUCGUUGCUAUUCUAGAUGCAUUUCACUUCGAUCUAUCAAAGUACAAAUUUGUAGAUAAAUUCUUAGAAUCAGAAAGAAAAACAGAGAUUACAGAAAAACAAAAAAUUUCUUCUGAAAAGGAAAAGAAAGAUGAUGACGUUGACGAAACUACCACUAACGAAAAUGUUAAUGAAGUAGAGGAAAAUUUAGAUGAUGCUUUGAAUUCUGAAAACGUGGAGAAUAUUGGAGAAAUUGUAGAGAAAGAGCAGAAGGAAAUACAAGAAGAGGCACUUGUGAUGGAAAUGCAAACAGUACUAUCACAACAAGGGGCAAAAAGGGUAGUCUUUAGUAUAUCCAAAGAAUUAUUGCCACAGCUUCAUCGUUCUAUUGUAGCAAGAACCAGUCGUGAGAGUAGUCACAAAGUUAAUAAGAAGAAGGUUGCAGCAGACAAUGAAGAAGAAGAACUAAUGAGAGUCCCCAUUGCCCUUGCAUUUGUUAAAUUAUUGCAAAAGUUGCCUGAAAUUAUUCUAAGCAAUAACUUACCUGGCAUCUUCAUGAAAUUGUGCACUUUUCUGAAAUCACGUUUGGAAUCAGUAAGACGAAUUACUCGGGAAGUAUUACAGAAGAUUAUGAUAACUCUGGGUCCAAAGUAUCUUUACUAUUUGUUAAGAGAAAUGAAUACAUUACUCACAAAGGGUUUCCAAGUUCACGUUCUCGCCUAUACAGUGCAAUCAGUGUUAGUUGCUUUAAAGCCAUAUUUCCAGAAACUAGAUAUCAAUGAAAAUCUUCAGAGCAUAUUAUCUGUGUGUAAAGUAGAUUUAUUUGGUUUAACAGCUGAAGAAAAAGAAGUAAUCGGUAUUGUGAAAAAUGUUUCGGAAGCAAAGGCCACAAAAAGUUUUGAUAUUUUCCAUAUAUUAGCUGAAUAUAUUACGGAAUCAUGUUUAGUGGACUUAAUUUUACCAUUGAAAGAAGUACUCCUGAGAACACAUUCGCAUAAAACAGUGCAGAAAGUAGUGGAGUGUUUAAGAAAUGUGGUGUUGGGUCUAGCUGAUAAUGCUUUUAUACCUUUAGAGCAAAUGCUGAUCUUUCUUUAUGGUGUACUUUCUGAAAAUAUUCCGCAACUGCUGCCUCAGAAGAAGGAGAAAGAAUAUACAGAAAAAAAUGCGGAUGCGUUAACUAGACAGAAACCAGACUUGUACAUCAUACAACCGGAGCCGAAAAAUAGAAUGGGUGUAAAAGCUAUUUCAAAAACAUCUAAAAACACUAAUGUUCAUGUUAUCAUGGAGUUUGGUUUCAAACUCUUUCAUAUAUUGCUGAAAAGAGACAAAGUAUCCGGUGUAACGUUCAGACCUUUUAUAGACCCGUUCGUACCAAUUGCAAAUGCUUGUUUAAAAUCUCAACACGUCAAGCUGAGCACGUUGGCUUUACAGUGUUUAAAUUGGCUGCUUAAGAUGGACUUAGUUUCAAUACAGGAGUCAAUCUCUGAAAUAUGUACAUCUAUCUUCAGCAUACUGCACAAAUACGCUGCUGCUGGUUUGAGCAAAGGAGACAAUUUCGAUCUUGUUAUGGCUGGCUUUAAGUGCAUGUCUGUAAUUGUCCGUGAUGUGAAACAUUAUACAAUCACUACGGAGCAGCUGAAGGUAUUAAUUAUGUAUGCUGAACAAGAUAUCCACGACUGCGACAAACAUGCAACGGCAUUCGGGCUACUAAAAGCAAUAAUCGUCCGGAAGAUGCAUCUCCCAGAAAUUUAUCUUGUCAUGGAGCAAGUUGCCGCUUUGAGCAUCACAUCAGAAUUGGAACAUAUUCGACAGCAGUCUCGUUCUGUUUUUUACUCGUACUUAAUGGAAUAUCCACUUGGAAAACAUUUGAACAAACACAUUGCGUUUUAUUUGACGCAACUAAGUUAUGAGAUGCAACCUGGCCGACUCAGUGCAUUAGAAAUGCUUCAUAGCAUUGUUACAGGAUUUCCAGUAAAAACUCUGGCUCUGAAAUCGGGUCUCAUAUUCGUAAUGGCGAGUCCAAGUUUGGUGAACGACGAUGAUCCAACUUGUCGGAAAUUAUGCGCCAAGUGUAUCAAAGUAAUGAUUACUCGCAUACCUUACAAUAAAAGGAGCAAGCUGUUUGAUAUUGUUCUAGAAUGGUUAAAAGAUAACAGGAUAUCGCACCGUGCUUUAGCUGCUCAAUUGUGCGGAAUAUUCGUCAGUGUAGAGAAAGACACUUUCGAAUCUCGCUUGAAGGAAGUAUUACCGGUUCUAUUGAAGCAAUUCCAUGCGAAGUUCGACGACAAGGAAGAGCCUGGUCGUUAUGUGAAGUUACACACAGAUACAGAAUUAGAGAUACAUCCCAACAUCAAGGAUCCAGAGAGACUGAAAGAUCAUCAUAUGUUUCAAGUUCUACAAUUAUUAUUGAAGAUAUCCGCGAACUGCACAGCAUUUCUCAAGGACGAACAGUACAAAGAAACCGUCUGUUUAUUUGCUGAAUACAGUCAAUCUUUAUUGGCACACCCGCAUUCAUGGGUUCGUCUAGCAUCAUCUCAGAUGAUCGGCUUCGUUUUAGCUACCCUUGACAUUGAUAAAACUGUAGAUUUAUUAGAAAAUCCGGAUAAAUGCGAAACAGAGUCUGGUUAUGUGUACUAUGACCCCGCUGGUGCUAUAACAAGCUUAAGUUUAGAUUUAAUAGCGCAAUUGCAGCCGGAUACAAUGUUCGAAGAACUAAUGGACCAAACUGUUAAGAAUUUAAUUUUUAUUGCGAGAAUUCUAAAAUCCGUCGAUAUGCGCGACAAUGGAAUCGCUGAUAAAGAUGACGAGACGAAAGGAAAAUACAAGAACCGGUUGUCUCUCCCUUGGUUGCUUAGAAGAAUACGAAAGGCUGUGAACGUAGAAAUAACGCGGGUCCCAAAAUCUAAAUCAGUGAGAACUGCUUUCUUAAAAUGGGUAGCUGGUAUUGUGGCAACCAUACCCAUAGAACAGUUGAAUGGAAUACUUUUCAAUAUCAUGUCACCGAUCGCACGUGAAAUGUCAUCUACAGAAGAGCACAAUAUCAGUUUACGACGAUUGGCGAAAGAAGCAGCUACAAUGAUAAAGAAACGCAUGGGUAACGAAGAAUACACUAGAUUAUUCAAUCGUGUACAACAAAAACUGGACAUCGUGAAAACUGAAAGAAGAAAGGCGCGCGCGCAGCAGUUUGUUACGGACCCAGAGCUAGCUGCAAAACGGAAAAUAGCUAGGCAACAGAAAAAGAAGGAAGCCAGAAAGAGGAAAGCGACCAUCAUGAGAGGGAAAAAAGUAGUGAAAAAACGUUCGAAGAAAGAGGUCGAUUUGGACAUCAUAUAAAGUGUCUAGUGUACAUAUAAUAAUUGAACUAUUGCGAAACAAAUAUAAUAUAAUCAUUAUUUUUAUAUCCCCUUUGUAAAUAAAAGUGAUUGUAAAUAAAAUGUAAGAUAUAUUCUAAUGUUAAAUCGGUGAA